ACAUGGUCGAACUAUCGGCGAAAAAACGCAGUGAACAAAGAACUUGUCUUCUGUUUUACCGAAGACAAUGUAGUCCGAAGACUGUGGAAAUACUAAUAUUACUGGCUCUAUAUUUAAUAACAAUGGACAUGAACGAUAACAUUUCAUACACAUGUGGCGUUUGCGAAACGAUUUUAGACAAGGAUGAGAUAGUGUUUCAUCCAUGCUACGAAGGAUAUAGUAACUGUUAUAUUGAUGACAAUUUAUAUUGUUAUCCUCAGUGCGAGAAUGGAAAUAUAGUUCGCAACAGUUUGAUGGCUGAUGGUACAGAGGCUGUUGUUGUUACAAAUACGCCAGAUAAUACAGUACAUAAUACUGAAAAUUCACAGUACAAUGAACCAGUAAACUUGGAAGCAAAGAAAAUAGCCAUNGAAGAACAGCUGAUUGAGGAAGUUUAUAUACGACCUGCAUUGUGGAACUUCAAGCUACCUCUAAUUGAACGCAGCGCACAAGUAAAGAAAAAGCUCUGGGAAGAAGUGUUCGCAGCUAUGGAUGGAACACUUUCCAUCGAUACAAUGAAAAAGAAGUGNAAGUCGCUGGUGGAUUCUUUUCGGGCUUAUUCGAAAAAGAAUCAGCAAGCGGCAAGUGGAUCUGCCGCAACGAGGGGAAGAAAACCAUGGAUACAUUUCGAACGUAUGCAGUUUUUGCGUGAUGUGCAGCUAGAGAGCAAAACUGUCAGCAAUAUCGUGCUGCCGGGAAAGAUUGAUAAUUCACAAUCGGAUUCACUGGAGACCAGCUCGAUUCAUGAUGACAAUAACAGCAUUGGUCAAAGAUCAGCCAUCUUCNAUGAUGCGUCGCCAAGAUCCUGCUUUGAAACUACUAGGAUUUUGUGGAUCGUCAGAAUCGAUCAUAUCGAGAGGUACAUAUUCAUUUGCAAUGUCAUUUUUCCGAAGCCAGUUGUGUAA